CACAAGGAGCGUCAGCGACGGCGGGGAUUGUUAAACAUCCUCUUGUAGCCUCGCUGUUGCUGAUAUGCACGAGUGCCGAUUUUCUGCAGGUCUUUCCGAUAACGAGUUGCCAAGGGUUUUCGAGUGAAAACGGGUCCAUUUCCAUUAAACUCGUCUUGUGAAAGACAGGUAAAGAGACCCAGUCUCGGCCUCUCCUCCUUCAGCCGGGAGUGUGCAACGCUUUGCCUCCUUCUCACAAGUUAAAUUCUUCCAUAGCUGUUUUUUGUUAUAAAAGAAUAUGCCAUUUCUGAGGCCUCGGAAGCCCAAAGAAAAUCGGUGGCAUGAGUGGGAUCGAAUUGCACAGAAAAACGGUUUAAAAAGCACCGUCUACUCAUUAGGCGGGGACGAGUAUACAGGAGAGUGGCUGGACAAUAAAAAACAUGGAAAGGGAACACAGAAAUGGAAAUCUAGUGGAGCCAUAUACAAUGGUGACUGGGAAUAUGGAAAGAGAAAUGGUUUCGGGACUUACAGUGUACCAGAUCCAAUCAGUGGGGAAUAUAAAAAGGUCUAUUCAGGAGCAUGGAAAAAUGACAAAAGACACGGGUUAGGAACUAACUUUUACUCAGAUGAUGACAUUUAUGAGGGCCAUUGGUACGCUGACAAGAGAAAUGGCUGGGGUAGAAUGUACUAUGCAGAUUGCUCUACUUAUGAGGGUGAAUGGUUUGAUGACACUCCCAAUGGUCAGGGAAUGCUUCGUCUGGCCAAUGAAAACCGCUAUGAAGGCUUCUGGAAAAAUGGAAAGAAACAUGGAACAGGAAAGUUUUUCUUCUUUGAGAAAGGCCAAAUGUAUGAAGGUGUGUGGGUCGACGACAUUCCAAAGUGUGGAAAAAUGAUUGACUUCGGUCGAGAAGAUGCAAUUAAUCCUACUUCCUAUCCAAUACCUCAGAUUAAGCUACGCAAUCCAACUUAUGUUUUAGAGACAGCCAGAUCAAGGUUUCUGGAUAAAAAUGAAGAAGAUACGUAAUCGUUGAUUCCUCUCUUCCACAAGUUCAAGACAGCAAAAUUCAAACCACGUAAAUGACUGUCCUUUUCAGAAUGGCACAUAUAAUCAAUCUCACAUACACUAACUUUAAAUUUGCCUUUGGUAAAAUACUCAACUACACUUACUUGUGAACAAUGCAUAUGCAAAUUUGCAAAGAUUUUCUACAACAAUUCCAAAGAAAACCUUUUGAUAAAGCAUCCAUCUGUAGCAAAAGAAUAAUCUGCAGUGUUUGAAUUGAAUAAUCUGGUGGAUAAACACUCAUCUGUUACUAGGUAAAUAGAGAUUCUUUGAGGAUUCUCCACUGCAUGAAUAUUUUGGUGCUGUUGUCUGCAUCUUCAAAUCAUAAUUUGAUCCUAAUCUGCUUUUUUUUUGUACUUCCAUUUCUAUUUGCCUUAAUCCCAUCCUUUAAGACUUUCAUAUUUCCACUCUUCCUUGAGCUUGCACAAUAUACUUUCUCUUGGCUUAUGCCAAUUGCAUUGUUAUUUAAGCAACUUACAUACUACAAUCCAGUGUAGGGACAGGCCUUUCAACACACCAAGCCUGCACCUGUUCCUUAUCUUUAUUUAGACUGCUACUUAUUGCUCAUACGUGACUUCUAUCUCUCUGUUCACCUCCUGUUCAUGUGUUUAUCAAGGCAUGCCUUCAAUGUUGCUAAUGUGCCUGCUUCCACCAUCUGCACUGGCAGUGCAUUCCAUCCUGUGUGUGAAUAAAUUUUUCCUCCCCUCACCUUGAACCUGUACCCUCUUACAGUUGACCUUUUCACCUGGGAAUAAGCCUCUGACUAUCCACUCUAUAUCUUUUAAUUUUGUAGAUCUCUAUCAGGUUACCCUCUUUCACUGGAAUAACAGAGUUUAUCCAACCUCUCUUCAUAAGUAAAACUCUUUUCAUCAGACAUCCUGGUAAACCUUCUAUGCGCCCUCUCCAAAACAUUCACAUCCUCUGGUAGCAUAGCAACCAGAACUGCAUGCAAUAUUCCAAAUACGGCCUAACUAAAGUUUUAUACAGCUGUAACACGACUUGCCAACCUUUAUAUUUGGUGCCCUGACUGAUGAAGGCAAGCAUGCUGACUGCUUUCUUGACCAUCUUGUCCACUGUUGCCAUUUUCAGAAAUCUGUGGGUCUCUUAUGCACAGAUCCCUCCAUAUGUGAGUGCUCCUAAGGAUUCUGCCAUUUGUUUUAUAAUUUUCAGCUGAACUUAAUCUUUCAAAAUGCAUCACUUCACAUUUGUCCAGAUUAAACUGCAUCUGCCAUUUUGCUGCCCAAAUCUGUAAUCUACCUGUAUCCUGGUGUAUUCUUUGACAGUCCUACUCACUGUUUGCAACUCUGCCAACUUUCGUGUCAUCCUCAAACUUACUCAUCAGAUCACCUACAUCUUCCUCCAGAUCACUCCAACAUAUUACAAACACAAGGUCUCAUAAGUGAUCUUUUCUUUUCUCCCCCCAGCUUCUUUUUGUUGAGUUCCUUAAAAUUUUGUUCCUCUAUAAAAAUAUGCUUCAGUUUGGAUGAAGGUCAUACCCAAAAUACUGACUCAGCUAAAGAUUUGGUGGCUCUCAUCCUUUCAAUUUAAGGUUUCCAGCUUAUUGCAGUUUUUGUA